GAACCGGCAAGACUACUUGUAUCGUAUUUAGACAGCUCGUUUCAUAUCUGAAAAGCCAAAUUUACAAGACACCAUCCUCGCAUGACUAUGACGAUUAUUUUUACAAAAGACAGAUGUUUAUUACGUUGAACCCCAUUCUAUGCUUACGAGUAAUGAAAUACUUUAAUCAAUUGCAAAAAUCGGCGAAGCUUGCUGGUGAAAAGGUUUCAAAGGCUCAGUUUAUUGCGUGGAAGAAAGAAUACGAUAGGAGUAAGACAUUCGAUGACAAUAACAUGCAUGAGGAAGACGAUGUGAAAAAAAUUCUUAGUGAAAUUCCUAACUCGUUCCGUCUGCUAACGGAACAGCAUUUCCCAUUAUUUAUUACUUAUGAAAAGUUUUCAGAAAUGCUUCUAGGAACAUACGAUAUUGACGUUCGAAUGUUGACCACAAAACAAAUACCAAAGCCCAAUGUUAAUAAUGACGACGAGGAGGAAUUGCGUUUUACGUCUCCUUUUGCAAAUAUGUCAGACGCUUUGUGGGCUUCCGUUGUAGACUACGAUCUGUUCGUAAAUAAGUAUUGGCGUCAUUUCGGUGAUUAUUAUCGGAAUAAGCUGGAUUGCGAGUUGGUAUACUCCGAGUUCUCUAUUAUAAAGGGCACGAAUACUAAGGUAGACUACCUAUCAAGGGAAGAAUAUCGUGACAUUAGUACCAGGAAAUACCCAACAUUUUGUCACUGUCGUGAUGAU